CAGCAUGACUGAUCGUGUUGAUGAGCCGAGUGAACCAGAACUGUUUGAUCUGAUUGUUGACUACAUCAAGAGUGAGAAGUUGGGAGCCCUGGAGGAUGGAGGCAUGGCCCAGCUCCUCCACCUUGACGAUAUGUUGAGUGACCUGGUGGCCACGCAAAGUGAAGCGGUUGGGGUUGCCCAGACGGCGCCUCCUGAGAAUGAAGGUUCAACAACCAUUCAACAGGGGUGCUCCAUUCCACCCCAUCGUAAACCCAGCCAGCCAACCACACCUCCAGCUACCCCUACUACAGACAUACCCAGACAUUCAUUGCACAUGGACAGAGACAUUCAUUCACUGCCACCCUCACCACGGAACAGAGAUGCACACACUAACCCCUCUACAGAGAACAGAGAUCUCCACACAUUUCCAUCACCUGCCGGAAGAGGCAAUGUUAUGUUAGCAAGAGACCUUACCACUCCAGCAUUAGCCAAGUCACCCACAACAGGUUUUGGUGGUGCUCCUCCUGGUAGGGUGAGUCUGUCUUCCAGCAUGGGAGAUCAGGUACUGAGGUUUAAUGAUGUUGCAGCUCUGCUUCCGCGCAGAGAAUUUAAGCUACAUGGUGGCCAAAUUUCUGAUGUGGGUUCUGAUAUGUCAUACAGUAGCCUUUGUAAACAAAUUGAUGAAGGUUUGCAUGAAGGUUUUACUGAGUCAGAGAUAAUUCGUACAGUGAUUAAGAUAACAAAACCUGGUACGUUUAGAGAAAUGUUGGCUAAUAAAGGUGAUUUAACUGUUGAUGAGCUAAAGCGGUUUCUCCGCGCACACAUCAGGGACAAAAACAGUACUGAACUUUUCCAAGAGCUAAGUAAUGCCAAGCAACAAGACAAAGAGAAUCCACAGCAGUUUCUGUACAGGAUAAUGGGGUUAAAACAGCGUGUUCUGUUUGAGUCACAACAGCCUGGUGCUGAGUUUAGCUAUGACAAAAGGCUCGUUCAGGGCACUUUUCUCCACACUCUUUACCAGGGCUUAAAUGAAAAAAACAACCAUGUCAGACAUGACCUCAAGCCACUUCUCACCGACUUGCAGGUUAGUGAUGACUUUCUGUUAGACCAGAUCACUAAGUCUACGAGCGAGGAAGCUGAAAGACUUAAACGACUUGGCACAGUAAGCAAAACCCGACCAGUGACAGUGAGCACAGCUCAGCUUGACUGUAGUGACUCAGCUAAGCAAGAUAAAGUUGACACUCAGCUACAGGCUAACCGUGCUGCUAUUCAAGAACUGACUGCACAAGUGUCCUCACUGACCAAACAUCUGGCACAGAUGGUAAAGCCUGCUGACAGUGUCACACCUGGGGGUCCCUGCUCCACCACAGCUUGUCCUCAGGCGCCAACAACUGAUAACAGGGGCAGAUGCAAUGACUGUGUACAGCAAAGCAAAGUGAGCUGCCCUCACUGCUUUGUUUGUGGCCAAGCUGGACACCGCGCCAUUGGCUGUCUCCAAAGGAAACUAUCGGGAAACGGAAUGAGGUCACUGGUGAGGGGCAACCAGUGACCGUGACAGCUGA